AUGUCUACGAAGCCCAAAGUGGAGGGCGAGAAGGAGCAUCCUCCUAUCGUCCAGUGUGGUAUCUAUGGCGCAGAAAUGCUGACGCGCGGCCCCUACGCCACUCACGCGAUCAACCUCUCGAUUAUCGAUAACUGUGUGUGGGUUUGGUGGUAUGACCGACAGGGCGCAAUCCAGUCCAGCGGGGUCGACUUUGUUGCGGACCUUCCCUAUUUCCUCGUCCUCCUCGCCGUCUUCCAGCGCUUCACAUUGCAGGAUGGGGGCAUCGAGACGCGCCUCGUGAACGAAGCUGAGAAACAUCACCGAAGGAUAAUCAGCUCUGCAGGCAAAUAUGUGGCUGGGGAGCAUCCACAUCACGACCGUGAGGACUUCCCGUUCACUUGCAGCGCAGGCACAAAGGUAUCGGUCGCUAGGUCGGAGCCUGUAUAUGACCGCUACAGCUUGCCCGGCCGAGGUACGAGCAUGUACAAAGCCAAGCGGGGAGUUCCGCAUGGAGAAGAGCUGGUGAUGAAGAUCUACUGGCCGGAGAUGGAGCGGAGGAGCGAAGUCGACAUACUGAAAGCGAUCUCGAAGCGAAGAGCGAAGGAGACGAUCUCGUCAGGGGGCAUGUUCCUUUUCUAG